AUUUGGCAUGUCCCCACCCAAAUCUCAACUUGAAUUAUGUCUCCCAGAAUUCCCACCUGUUGUGGGAAGGAGCCAGUGGGAGGUAAUUGAAUCAUGGGGGCAGGCCUUUCCUGUGCUAUCCUCGUGAUAUUAAGUCUCACGAGAUUUGAUGGGUUUAUUAGGAGUUUUUGCUUUUACUUCUUCCUCACUUUCUCUUGCUACCACCAUGUUAAGAAGUGCCUUUCUCCUCCUGUCAUUCUGAGGACGCCCCAGCCAGGUGGAACUAGGAAAGAAAGCCAAGUAAAUCAAAAGGAACAGAAACUGGAAAUAUGCAGGCAUACUUGUGGCUGGUGUUAUUCCACUACUUGUACAUCAUGUGGUUUACCUCAACAUGUGGAAAAAUACAAUGCAAUGGCUCACACCUGUAAUCCCAACAUUUUCGGGGACCAAGGCAGGAGGAUCACUGGAACCCAGGUUUUGAGACCAACAUGGCAAAAACCUCAUUUCUCCAAAAAAAAUAGAAAUUUGCUGCAUGUGGUGGCACACAUCUGUGUUCCCAACUAUUCAGGAGGCUUAGGUGGGAGGAUCACUUGAGCCUAGAAGGCAG